AUGAAGAGUGCUGUUGUCACACCAGCAGACGUCCCAAAGGCUGCAAACUUUGAUGUACGCACGUCUUCUUUCUUCCGACACCACCAUCAACUACCGUCUCCCGAGGAAGUUCGGUCGCGGGCACGGGCUCAAUAUCUUGCUUGUACCCACUGGGGCUGGAAGACGAGAGACGUCUCCAAGGUCUACAACGCACGUCCUGCGCCCGCCGUGUUUGAGGAUAUGUCACUGUUCGUUAAGUGGGGAAGCGACGUUAAGAUCACCGAGGGACAAACUCUUUACGCGAUUCGAAACAGCUGCGGAAACUCUGUACCUGUUCCCGAAAUCUACGGAUGGCGUAUGGAUGGCGAUGAGACUUUUCUUUAUAUGGAGGCAAUAAGGGGAAAGACGUUGGAAGACGCGUGGCCGGAGAUGAAAGAAGAUGACCGAUUGCGCAUCUGCAGUGAACUUCGAACUAUUCUACACAACCUACGCCAGCUCAAACAGAACCCUUUGGACAAAUUCAUCGGCAAUAUCACAAGAGGUAGCUACUACGAGAGAGCUCUCUUUCUGGCAUCCCAAUCCGAGACCGGGCCGUUCACUUCUGUGAAAGACUUUCAUGAUUGGUUCAUACUCCAAUACAAGCGGAAGAUGCCUGAUCCAGAGACAGUACCGGAACCGUAUCGUAAGGAUCUCCCCGAUGACAGCGAGAUUGUCUUCACACAUGGAGACCUUCAUCGAAGCAAUAUCAUUAUAUCGUCUACUCCACCACGGGUCGCCGCACUUAUAGACUGGGAGCAGUCUGGCUGGCUACCGGCUUAUUGGGAGGAUCGCAAGGUUCAUUGGACAUCUACUUACUUAAGUGAAUGGGCUGUUAAAUACUUGCCACUGAUUCUGGACCAACAUGAGAGCACUCGGGAGGCAUGGAACUAUUAUACGGAUUCUGUGGGUUGUUGA